ACCUACUCAAGAAAGCGACCUGACUAUCUACUGAUAGAAAAUAAACAAGCGCUCGUAAAAAAUAGCUGCGUUUAGCUGUCACACAAUAUUUACAUGAUUGUUACGCCGUGGUUUUUAUUUCUGACAAAGCAAAACACAUUUUUGAGAAAAAAUGCAUAGUCAACGAUGGAUGUUUACUUCACCGGGCGGAGAAAACGAAUACAAGAAACCUUCAGUCACCCGAGCACAUUAUGACGCGGUUGUCGAAGCAAAGAAGGCGCAGGAGGAAAAUCAUAUCGAGACUGAAAGCGAACGCAAGAGACGAUUGUUGGAGGAUUUCAUGUGGCAACAGAUGACCAAGAAGAAGUUGGAGCAGAUUGAAAAGCAACAGCAACGAGCUAACGAGACCAAAGCCUGUAGUACGUACGCAGAAGCCUUUGCCUUGCCAGGAUUUGAAGUUAAAGAACUGGGCAUCGAAAUCGAUGAAGAACUUCAACAAAAAUACCCUCUGUACACCGAUAUCGGAAUGUCGUUAAAUGUUAGAAACAUAAGUACGAUUAAAGCAAAAGAUCCUGUACAUAAAUCUUAUCCAAAAUUGUUCAGAAAAGACAGUCGCUUUACCAGUCGUCUGAGUAAUCCAAUGGAUAAUCAUGCUCCAGUUGCACCUGGCCAUUUUGCAUACAUCUAAACAAAUACAUAAUAAUAAAUUUUUAUGUUUAUUAAUUAUACUCCGCCAUGUUAUGCAAGUAUAAUAUUAUAAUAUAUAUUAUGAUC